UCUCACUUAAAUAAGACAGACUUAUCGAAAUAAGCGAGACUUUCCCUUAAUCCUGCUUCGUGGAAUAGCCCCCAGAUACUUGGACUUAUACCAAACGUUUUGCGAAGGAACGCAAAAUUAUAUCAAGAAAUAUUUUCCCUCCCUGACCUCUUAGGGGCUCCGUACAUACGGAGCAUACAUUAACAGUACGUUGUACGUACUGUUAAUAAAGGAAUGGAUUCUGUGUUGCGGUUUUUUUUGGGGGGGGUGUGGGCAGCUACAGAUAUUUUAAUAUGUCCCAGCGAAUUGCGUGACAUUUUAAAUUCGUUCGAACUUGAUUUUUUAAAAGAGUGAUAGGCCUACGAAGACAUUGGAAGCUGAUGUACAUUAUAUUGAACGAUUACGUUACAUACAGUGGGGAUUAAAUACGAAUUGCCGACUUGCAUGUUGCACAUGAAUGACCCCUCAUCUCGUACUUUUGAGUUGAAACUUUGGAAAUACUUUUGAUACCCGAGUUCCCGAGUUUGGAGAGGACACUUUCAGUUAUAAAUGCUUUCAAUCAACAGGUAUUUAGAGGCAUUCAGGACACUUUGCUAAACCUUCAAUAAAGCUCCAGUUACCGCUGAAGAAAAGCAGCCUGCACCACAUUUGGAGACAACUGCCUGCACCACACCUCACAUCACUUUGGUGUUUUACUAAAAGCUUCCUAAAAGAAAGACUCAGGAGUUUGGGUGAUUCAGCUGGAGGACUUCUUGAACAUUCUGAGGGGUAAUCAAAGAAAUGAAGAGCAAAAUAAAACAAGUACCAGAAGAGUUACACAGAUUUUUUAGACUAAAUUACCUCUUUUAAUUUGACUUCUGGUUAAGUUUAAUAGAAAUAUAUCACUCAUCAGACACACCGAGUGCUGCAGCGCAAGAGGCAACGGCUUAGAGUGUCGCUGUCUGGGGAACAAUUUAUUUUUGGCAUUUUUUUGGAGGAUAUUUUUCUGCAUCUUUAAGGAAAUAACAACUACAAAACAGAAGUAGGACUUCCAGUAGGAUUUCCUUCUGAGGAAAGAAACCAGGUACAGCACCAUUCUUGUGAUGCUAUGGACACCAUGGUGACUGUUUCAUCAACAGGUGAGGACAACUCCUCUACAAAUGUGGCCUCCCACCGCAGAUAUGGCAAUUCCCGCACAGCAAACGCAAACCACUUCCACUUGGACACCAUGAGGAACUAUUCUGAGCCAACUCGGAGGCUCUCAGGGAACUCUCUUGCUGCUGUCAAAUCUGGUGAAUCAAUGGACUCUUCCAGAAAGGCAAGCAGUGCUACUAAUGAGCCCCUGGCUGGAACCAGAGGCAUCCCUGUGGCCUCCCAGGGUGAUGUCACACAAGAUGGGGAGGGACACACCUACGUCGACAACUCUGGCUGCAUCUAUAGGCGUAUCUCACCCAUGCUGGUGCCGUCGAUCAACAAGUUCUCCCUGCGCAUGUUUGGCAGCCAGAAGGGGGUGCUCAUGGAGCAGGAGAGGGUGAGGUCCCUCGGCAUAUGGAUCAUCCACCCAUUCAGUGAAUUCAGGUUCUCCUGGGACUUCUUGAUGCUGGUCCUGAUGAUUAUAAACUUGAUAACCUUGCCAUUUGGAAUCACAUUCUUUGACGGUGAUGACAGCUCAUGGUUUGGAAUCAUUUUUGGUGUCAUUAGUGACAUUCUCUUCCUGUUUGACCUGAUAUUCAACUUCCGUACUGGCCUCCUGAAAGAGGAUACCUCCGAGGUUGUGUUGGAUCUAACUGCCAUCCGCCAGAACUACUUCCAGACCUGGUUCGCUGUGGACCUUGUGUCUUCCAUGCCUGUGGACUACAUUUUCCUCUUUGUGGACUUGGACGACCAUAUGGACUCAGACAUGUACAAAACAGCUCGUGCACUGCGCGCCAUGCGUUUCACAAAGGUCCUCAGCCUGCUUCGUCUGCUGCGGCUGUCUCGACUGAUCCGAUACCUUCGCCAAUGGGAGGAGAUCCUCAAUACAAAGUAUGACAAGGCCAGCGCACUGCUGCGCAUCACCAACCUCAUUGGCAUGAUGCUACUGCUGUGUCACUGGGAUGGCUGUCUGCAGUUCCUGGUGCCCAGCAUGCAGGACUUCCCGUCCCACUGCUGGGUGGUCAAGAAUGACUUGGUGAACCAGACCUGGGUCGCACAAUACUCAUUUGCCCUGUUCAAGUCCAUCAGCCACAUGCUGUGUAUUGGCUAUGGUGUCCACGCUCCAGAGGGCUUAGUGGAGGUCUGGCUCACCAUGCUCAGCAUGAUGGUGGGAGCGACCUGCUAUGCUAUGUUCCUGGGCCACGCCACCACACUCAUUCAGUCACUAGACGCGUCCCGUCGGCAGUACGAUGAGAAGUACAAGCAGGUGGAGCAGUACAUGGCAUAUCAUAAGCUGCCAGCAGACCUAAGACAAAGGAUCCAUGAUUAUUAUGAGCACCGAUUCCAGGGGAAGAUGUUUGAAGAAAGCAGAAUCCUACGGGAGCUGAGCGACCCACUUAGAGAGGAGAUUGUGAACCAUAACUGCCGCCACUUGGUGACCAAUGUGCCACUAUUUGUUUCUGCGGACCCAAAUUUCGUGUUUGCUGUGAUGACCAAGCUCUGCCUCGAGAUCUUCCUACCUGGGGAUAUCAUCAUACGCGAGAGUUCGGCGGCACGCAAAAUGUACUUCAUCCAGCAUGGAACUAUCAACGUGACCACCUCCGAGAAUGAGGAGCUGAGCCUCACUGAUGGGGCUUAUUAUGGCGAGAUGUGUCUGCUGACCCGAGAAGACAGCACAGCCACUGUCCUGGCCGAGACCUACUGCCGCCUUUACUCCCUGUCAGCAGAUCACUUCCAUGAGGUGCUGGAAGAGUACCCCUUCAUGAAACCGAUCUAUGGGAUUGAUGAUGAGGAUAACCCAAGGCACAAUGAUAAAAGAGAGGAGCAGUUGCUGCAGAAGAAUAGCAUGACAGGAGAAGGCACUAUGACAUCUCCAGACUCAUCCCAGUGUGACACUGAGUUAGGUGGACAGGCCAGCAAAUAUGGUUAAUGAAUGUUAUAUUUCUAAAUUAAAACUGACUCCAGCCAAACCAGUGGAGCACAAGGAUUAGCAUAAGCACCCCUAACCCAAACCCAACCUGCCUCCUGCCUGCAGUUCUCCUCCUCCAGACCUUUUCCAGAAUGUAUACAGUCCCACUCUCAGCCCCUCCUCUGUUAGGUCCAGGUCUCUUCCUAGACAGUUUUGUCCUUAAACCCCACUUAUUUAAUACCAUGUUUUUGUGUUUAACACAUUGACCUACGUUUCAUUAUCCUAACUUUUAUAUGCGAGCAAAUUGCCUUUAGACACCAUAAUGACAACAUGACACAUGUUAUUUCAUUAUAUGUAACAUAAUAUUAAAAAUAAAUAUUUAUACACCUUAUAAGAAAGCAAGUGUUUCUGUCUUUCUUAAUUUAAAGUUAGAAUCAAUUCUAAAAUUGAAAGCAUCUCUGCACAUCCCUACUACCCUGUCUUAAUUGAUGACAAGAGACAUGUUAAGCUGUUUGCAGCUAUUCUGGUUGCUUGUGUUUAUGUUGGUUUCCCUUAAUUUUUGUAAGGUUUUGUAAUAUGCCUAUUGGAUUAUAUUAAACUGUGGCUAUUUAAUAAUAUUUUUUAUUUUUGCUUGAUUUAUAGACCUAU